AGUACAGUAGUUGUCAUGGCGAUGAAAACAGCCCCAGCGUCCGCUCGUGGGGUUGUUGCCAUGGAAAUUCCGGUUCGAGGUGCGCUUGCGGCAGUGCAGGAGGAAGAGGGCAACGUGCGGACAAGGUCCGAGGAGAUCGUUCAACACCUUGUAGAGCGACGGCGGCGAGGACCCCCAUUCAGCAAGGGGAACUACUACAUACUAAUAGUGAUCGGAGAGAUAGCGACCGAGCAUCAACUGCACAGCGCCAGGCAGCACAUAGAGAGAGGGAUUCGAUCUUGGAACAUCAGCCUUGCGUCAUGUGACCUGGACCAGCAGCUGCUGUUGUUUAUCACACGUCACUCUGCCCAGUUCUCUUCUGAGGUCAAAGGACAAAGGACUCUCCACCACAGAAGUAAUGUCCUAGAGACUGUCGUCCUAGUCAAUCCCUCUGAGGACACAGUUUCUUCAGAGAUAAAGACUCUAAUAACAGACUCAGCAGGACACAAGCUUCUGGUCCUGAGUGGACAAAACUCAGACCACGGUGCUCUUCUUCUUCAGAGUGGGGCUUUUACCUAUCAGAGUUUUUCACAAGUCUUUUCUGAUCCUGGGGUCAGAGAUUUGCUGGGUGCAGCAUCCCCCGAUCAGCGUGCAAGACUUACUGUGUUCUGUCGUGGGGAGGUGGGCUGGAGCUCCCAGGGCCAACGGCAGCACUUACAGGAGUUCCUGGAGUACAGACUGAACCCUGAGCCUGCACUUCCCAAAAUGGAGGGUGUCACAGAGUUCACAGAGUACAUCUCUGAUACAGUUGAUGUCCCAUCAUCGUUUGACCUCCUUGAGCCUCCGACCUCUGGGGGCUUCCUGAAACUGUCUAAGCCUUGCUGUUACAUCUUUCCUGGGGGGAGGGGUGACUCAGCCCUGUUUGCUGUUAAUGGCUUCAAUAUCCUUGUGGAUGGCGGGUCUGAACGUAAAUCUUGCUUCUGGAAGCUGGUCAGACACUUGGACCGCAUUGACUCAAUUCUACUGACCCAUAUCGGGGCAGACAAUCUCCCAGGCAUCAAUGGGCUGCUUCAAAGGAAAAUAGCAGAGCAGGAGGAGGAACAGUCACAGGGCUCCACCACCUACAGUGACUGGAUGAAGAACCUGAUCUCUCCAGAGCUGGGUGUGGUAUUCUUUAAUGUUCCAGAGAAGCUGCGAAUGCCAGAAUCAAAUCUUAAAGUCAAACGCAGCAUAGAGGAGGCCUCCCUCACCUUGCAGCACCUUAGCAAACUAGGGAUUAAGCCUGAACCUCUCUUUCGUGUGGUUAGCAACACCGUUGAGCCUAUAACCCUAUUCCACAAAAUGGGAGUAGGCAGGUUAGAGAUGUAUGUUCUCAACCCUGUGAAAGACAGUAAGGAGAUGCAGUUUCUAAUGCAGAAGUGGGCGGGAAACAGCAAAGCCAAAACAGGCAUUGUGCUUCCUAAUGGUAAAGAGGGAGAAAUAUCUGUACCGUACCUGACAUCAGUGACAGCUUUAAUUGUAUGGCUUCCUGCCAAUCCUACAGAAAAGAUUGUCAGAGUACUUUUUCCUGGAAAUGCACCACAAAACAAAAUCCUAGAAGGACUGGAGAAACUGAAGCAUCUUGACUUCUUGAGAUAUCCAGUAGCCACACAAAAGGACAUAGCCUCAGGGGCUCCUCCCACUGUCAUCAAACAGACCAAGCUAAAGCAAAGGGCAGAUAGCAAAGAAAGUCUCAAGUCAUCGCCCAAGACCACUGCAAAGGCCUCGAAGAAAGAUGCGGAUGGACAAGAUGAUGUAUCGGUGGCUACGGAAGCAAAGAGUGACUCUGUAUUGGACAACAAAGUAGAGAAAAAAGAGGAAAAGAAACCUUCCAAAACACUCAAAUCUAAGACGGAUGUUCCAGAGAAGAAGAAACUAUCUAAAGAGAAAUCUUUGAAGAAACAUUCCAAAGAAAGGGUAACAAAAAUGGAUGAAAAGAAAGACAAAGAAAAGAAAGAGAUAAAGAAAAUCAAGAAAGAUGACUCAGCUAAAAGAGAAGAGAAAAAAGAUGGCAAGUCUAAGGAGGACAAGAAGAAGGAUACAUCUAAACCUGAGCUGAGAAAGAUUACAAAGCCUGACCUAAAGCCUUUAACACCAGAAGUCAGAAAGACCCUGCACAAGGCUAAAGUCUCAGGGAAGCCCAAGACUUCAAAAAGCAAAGUCAAAGCAGCAAAGGGACAGGCUGCUGAGUCAAUGCCCGAGGAACAAGCUGCAGAGAGCCUCCAACCUGAACCAACAGAAGAUGUGGCUGCUGAAGGCACAUCUAUCCCAACUACCCCAGACGAUCUUACUAAGGAUUUUGAUGAGCUGAAACAAGUUGCUGUUGUUGCAAUAUUAUCAGAGCCAACAGAAAGUGUUGAACCCACGUCAGAGUCAUUACCAAAAGAGAGCAUUCCAUCUAGUCCCACUCUUGAGGAUGUGGAAGAACAAGACAAAGUUUGUAAAACCCCAACAGGCACAACAUCACCAGAGAAGGAGGCAUCAUCAACAGAAAUUGAAGCUGAUUCAGAAAACAAAGAGAGGGUACAGCAUGAAGAUGAAUUACAAGCAGAAGAUCUGGAGAAAUUUGAGGAUGAGGGAGCUGCUAUUGAGGAUGAUGAAGAAGAGGAGGAAGAAGACCAAGCUAUGGAAAAAAGGACUGAGGAGCAGGAGGAGGAGGAAGAGGAUAUGGGUAUUGGGGAGGAAGAAGAUGAGGCAAAGUGGAAGGAAGCUAAAGACAUUGGCCUUGAUAGGAAGCAUGAAGAGGAGAAACUGGAGAAAGCUGAAAAACUCACAGCCAAGGUAGAAACAAAAGAAGAGUUCAGACAGAUUCCAUCGAAGGGGGAGAAGGAUGAAGAGCAGGAUGAUGUAAUUGAAAAAGCUGAACUGGAAGAGGUUGAGGAUUUAGAUGCAAUUGCCGAUGAAGAGAUCAAAGUUCAACCUGAGGAGGUAGAAAAAGAUAAAUUGCCCCAGGUGAUUCCUGGUGCCAAAGAAAUUGAAUCAGAUGAUGAGGAGGGGUAUCUCUCAAAUGUGGGAAGCGCUACAGUUCGCAUCACAUCAAUGGCUCAAGGAGCAGCUGCUGCAGAACCCAUAUCUUAUAUUCAAGACGAAACCAUUCCAGGCUACUCAGAAACAGAGCAGACCAUCUCUGAUGAGGAGAUUCAUGAAGAGGCAGAGGACAGGAUACCACACCUCCAGUAUGAAGUAGGCACAUAUGACAUCUCAGUUCCAGAUCAGACAGGUUCUUUUGAAGCCAUCCAUGGUAUGAGAGAAAUGCAAGCAGCAGCUACAUCUGAUAUGACUGCUAAAGGUUUCAUUGGUGCACAGGAUCAAGUAGUUUCUGCGUUCACAAACAUUGUUGCUGCUCCGUUGGCAGAAGAAGAACAUGUUUCUUCAGCAACAUCCAUCACUGAGUAUGACAAACUGUCCUCCUUUCCCACGUCGAUUGCUGAAGACCAAUCUGUAGCAUCAGUCACUGCACCUCAGACUGAGGGAACUGGCAAUAUCUCUCUGCUCCUGGACACUGUAAACAGUGUUCCUAUGGCAAUCCCAACUGAAGUCACUCAUGGCAAAGAUUACCCACACUCUGCUGGGACCAUCUCACCAACAUCUUCCUUAGAAGAUGACAAGUGUUUCAAGUCAUCACCCUCUGAUGAAGUACACUCUACUGCCUCUGAAAUCAAGACAGAGGGGAAGGUUACUGAGGCUCAUGAGGAAGAGGAAGAAGAGGAAGAUGAGGAUGAUGACCAAACUCCCAAUAUUGACAUUUCACUUGGGAAACUCCAGGAGAGCUAUGGGUCUCCUCAUCUGUUCCAGGAUAAAGGCAAAGGGACUGAAAAACUCCCUAGUUCUAUGUCUCCUGUAUCUAAACCUAUUCAGGAUUCAAAGCUAUCUGAGGAAGAAAUGCAAACCUCUGUGGUGCCUGAGACAAUCGCAACAUCAGCGGUUUUGAAACCCCUCUCACCACAGGUAUCUCUUUCAAAGCCUUUCAGCUCAGACUCAGUUACUUCAGAAGGUGAGGAGCGUUGCUUCAGUCCUGAUGAUAGUACUGUGAAAAUGGCCUCUCCCACACAGUCUGGACCCCCUAGUGCAAACCACUCCCCUCUUCGACAGUCACCUGUGGAGGAGAAAACCAAGGGGUUUCCUGAUCAGGAGCUGCACGGACAGGAGAAGAGCCAUGAGUUUGCAAUCAGACGAGAUUCUGAGUAUGAAAAGAAAGAUCUAGUCGAAAAAGAAGAUAAGAGUCAAACAUUCGGUGUUGACAUCCAUGAAGGAGAUCUACCCAAAUCAGAUUGUCUGCCAUCCUUGGAUAAAUAUCUCAAAGAUGACUCCCAAGAAAAACCUACAGCAAAGAAACCAGAAAAGGACGUUUGGUUCUCUUCCAAAGAUGAGAGUGAGCAAAAAGAAGAGAUUAUGCCCCUUGCCUCUGCGUUGGUUGCAGGAAAAGAUGAAUCUUCAAAGUUAGGUAAAGGUUCUGUAAGAGAGGAUAUUCCCCAGGGGAGUGCAGGCCUUGGACACAGUGGUGAUGGGGAAGAUGAAGAAUCUAAAUUGAGCCCUAAAAGAGCAUUUCUAGAUGAGAAGGAAAGUCGCUUCCUGGAUGAUGAUGAUGAUGAUGAUGACGGUGAUGAUGAUGGUCAUGAUGACACAGUUGAUGUAAAACAGGUCAUCAAGGAAAAGAAGACAGAGAAAGAGGCCGAAAAACAUUAUAUUUCUGAUGUCCAACCCACCAAGGAAGAUGAGGAGAAAUAUACAUAUGGGACUAAACCCAGUGAGGAAGAAGAGAAAGAAAAAUAUGCUUCUGAUGCUAAAUUCAUUAUGGAAGAGAAAGAAAAGGUACUACAGAGUGACGAUAAAGAAAGAAUUGUCUCUUAUGAAUCCGUCCAAGUGAAGGAGGGAGUACUUAAACAUGAUAUUUGUGAGGAAGGAGCUACACUAGAAGAGAAGAGGGAGAAAGAGGGAGGUGCUUUAGCUGAUUCCACCAAGGAAUCAGGUGGCCAUCUUGGGUCUGAACCCCAGAAAGAAGAUAAAAUAGAAAAACAUGUGUUUGUAGCUGAACCCACUACAAGAGAUGGGAAAGAGAGGGAAGAUGCUUGUGAUGCUAAUAAUGCCAAAGGAAUAUUGGUGAAAGAAUACACUUCUGAUGCUGAACCAACAAAAGGGGAGAAAAGAGAGGAAGAAGAUAUGUGUGCUAUUGACAAGGUGCACAAGGAAGGUAAAGAAAAGACAGAUAAAGUCAGUCAAGAGGAGAUGAUGGAGAAAGACAAAGAAAAAGAUGACACUCAUGUGGCUGAGGUUAGCAAAGAACAGAAAAUGGAAAAAGAGGAAGAAAAGGAAGUUGAAUUUCAGGAUAUCAAAGAUGAGAAAAGAGAGCAAGAAUGGGAUAAGGAUGACAUCAAAGAUGACAAAACAACAGGAAAGGAUAAGGUUAAUGUACAAAUGGCUGAUGUGUGCAAAUGUGAGGACACUGAGAAAAAAAAGAAUGAUUUAUAUGAGGGUGAAGCCAUCAAAGAAGAAAAAUGGGAGAAUGAGGAGUUGCAAGAGAAGGCCACAAAACAACAAACAAUGCUUGCAAAACCAGGCGCAUCAACUUCAGAUCUCACAUCUACGUUCCAGGUUCAGUCCUCGGAUGAAGAUAGGGAGGAAGAAGAGGAGGAAGACAUUCUCAUGGGUGCUAGACCCCUAUCCGUAGAACCCCCAAAAUCUGACCAUGAUGCCUCCUCAGACCUGCUCUUGACUAUAUCUUCACAAAAGGCCUUUGGUGAGGAAAUGAAAGAAUUCACCUCAGACAAGACCACUGGAUCAGUACCUUCAAUAACAACACAGGCACCAUCUAUUGAUGAAGAUAUCAAAGAGCAGAGCAAAGAGAAACGUGGAGUCUAUGAACCAGAUGAGGAUGUUAAGAAAACUGAGACCAUGUCAGCACCUCUUUCCUCACCAGAGCUCAAAACAGACAUAUCCAUAUCUAAAGAAGAACAAACAUCUGGUUUGUUUACUUCUAAAGAGGAAUCUGUCUCUGUGACUUCAAAGGUAGAAACAGUCUCAGACGCCAUAAAUACAGAAAAAACUAUUUUGUCAGCUUUAUCAAGUACCGACAGCCAGGCUUUGAGUUCAACACUUUCAAGCACAGAUAGCCAAGCUAGCAACAAGGAACCAUCUCAACUAGAUACAUUGCUGCCUUCUGUGAUUACAAGCACACCAAUAUAUCUGCAAGAAAAGAAUAUACAAGUUUCUGAAAAAAAAGAUGAUAAACCAGGCAAAGAGGCUGAGCGUGAAAUGGAGAGAGAGCGAGAAGUGGCCUCCCCGGGACUAGCACAACCUUGUUCAUAUUUCCUACUGGACAAGGAUCCUCAGGAGGUUCCAGAGACGGUGACUGAAGCUGCGAAAGCAGACGGCAUCCCUGAGAAAGUGGAAGGUCUUGACAAAAUUAUGUUAAAGAAGGAGAUGGUCAGUGUGACAUUACAAGAGGAAAAGCAGGCCUCUGGUGGUGCAUCCAAAUAUGAACCAUAUGAAAAACCCAUCUCCAAAGAUCAUGACUCUGACUCUAAGGCAGAUAGUGAGAGCUCUGUAGAUCUUGGUCUGUCAGUAGACAUUGGUAUUGAUGACAAUAGGAGAGCUAGCCAGUCCGAGUCUGGAGAAGCUGCAUUCUACCCAGAGGAGCAGAGCGAAGAAGAACCAUUGUCUUUCAGCAGAGUUGAUUACAGCCCAGUGUCUCUAACAGAGAAUGGGAAAGGCCUCCAUUAUAGCCAAAGUGCUUCCGCUGCAUACAAAGACAAAGAGAAAGGUCAAGAAGAGGAAAGUGAAAGAGAGGGGAGACCAGACACACCUUAUACAGAGAGGACAGAGACUCAAGACAAUAAAUGUAACACUGCAGCUGAGCCAUGUUCAUAUACAUCCACUCUUAAAGAGGAUAAACCUGAGAAAGCUGAGACAGAUAUGGAUAAAAUAAAGGAUGGCACUGGUUCACCCCCUCACACAUCUACUGGAGGGAAAGAUACGGCUGCAGCACCUGCCAAAGUGGAAGACUGCAAAUCAGACUACUUGAGCACUAAGGAAAUGUCAUGGAGUCAAUCUAACCUUGCUGUCAAAACCUUAGAUACUGCUAUGCCUUUUGAAGAUGUCCCUGAGAAGGAGACCACAGAGAAGAGCAAAGAGAAGGACAUGGUGUCAGCAGAGCCCAUGAAAGACAAAGAUGACACUUCAGACUCUGAAAGAGAAGGAUCUCCAUCUGGCCGAUACUCACCAGCGGAAAAGGACAAUUUACCUCAUCAAGCAUCACCUCAAGAAAAGGAUGUCAGCGAGAGAGCCUCUGUGCUUGCCUCACAUUCAGGACAGCAAAUUGAUGACAAUGUCCUUGCGUCUGAGUAUACUCAAAUAGGCAGCACAGUUUCUAGUAAAUCAAUGGCUGGACAUUCAAUGACAGAUGCUACUCCUGCCAGUGUAGAUAAAAGGCUACUUGUAGAGGGAGAGGAAGGUGAUGAUGACGAGGAUGAAGAGGAGGAAGAAGAGGAGGCUAGUGAUGUAGAUAUGGAGAAAGGGGCUAGAGAGCAAUCUGAAAAAGAAAUGGGCAAAUCCACAUCUGAUGAUGCCACCACCUCUAGACUUCCUGUUACAAAGCAGGAAGAGAAGGAUGUGAAGUCUAUCUCACCUAAACCCUGUUCCCUGGCAGGGGAGGAUUCUGUAUCAGCAACCACAAGCAGUCCUCUGCCUACACCUUCAAAGCCUGAAGGAACUCCUGUCCCUUCUGGCAGCUACACCGAGACAGAACAGACUGGAUUUGGGGAAUUGUCUUUUGGUUCUAAACAUUUCUAUGGCGAGGAAAGUCAGUCUGUGUCAAAAGAGGAGAGGAAAGACAGCCCCGAGCCUUCAGAUGCCAAAGGAGGCAAGUGUUACAGUCAGGGAGACAUUGGAGCUGAAAGGCAGGCAGCCCCAGAUUUUGCAAGUAGGAAAAUGGAGGAAACUGCCUCCUCAGUUUAUGUAUACACUACUACACCUUCAACAUCACACUCCUCUUCAUCAUCUUACAGUUUCUCUUCAUCUGCCUCAGCCUCUUUUUCUACCAGCCAUCAGUUUGGAGAGGAGGGGGGAAGCUCCAUCACAAUGUCUAGUGUUCCCUCUAAGAUGGAAUCUGAGGGAGCCUCCUUUGAGUAUUCCUCAUUUAAAGAUGAACACUCGUCUGCUAUGGACACAACCCUAUCAAGCUCUGGGGGGAUGUCAAAAGAUGACUACAUGGAGAUUUCUGAGAGACUUACACCUGCAACUACUGCAUCAAGUCUCACUAAAUACUCUCCACUCAGUCCGUCCGAAGAGACCAAACCAUUCUCACCAGUGCUGUCUACCCCAGCUAAAGAUAGUACUGAACAAGAAAUCAAAGUGUCAAGCCCAAAACUGGACAAAGAUCACACCUCAGAAACGUUUCAUAAGCUAGAAAUGACUGUGGAAACUAACAUUUCAACUUCUGUGGGAGAAACAUUGUCAUUGAGUUCCCCGCUGAUAAAACCUACAGAGGUCUUACCCACUUCAGGGGAACUCUUUGAUGUGUCUCCAUUAACAAGAGCUGACUCAUCUGACAAAGAAUCUCAGGGGUCAGCUGGCAGCAAAGAACAAUCUGACUCAUGUGAAAUAGAGGGAGGCUCUCAUCCAUGCCGUAUUGGAUGUCAAAAAUCGACAGUGACAGUGCAACAACAGGGUGUUUCGUCAAUGUCAUACAUCAUUGAAAGCAUGACUAUUGCUGAUUCAAAGGUUGUCACAGUCACCUCCACCUCCACAACAAUAUCUAAGUCUGAUGUUGGGGCACCAUCAAAACAGUCAACUGAAGGAUCAUCUAUUGAGGUCAGCAUGAGUUCCCUUAGUGGACCUAACACGGCCUUGUGUUCCUCAAUAUACAUGCCUCAAACUGAGUUCAUAAAAAAGGAUACAGAAAAGCCAGGGAAGAAAGACAUUGAUGCCUUGAAGGAGGACAGCAGGGGGCCAGAACAGAGAGAAAAUGAAGAAGAGAAAAAUACAGAAAAUAAAGAGAAGGUUGAGGAGAAAGAGAUGUUGGGAGAAAACAAAGACAAAGAUGUAAAAGUGGAGGAGAAAAAAGAACAGACUUCCAAAGACAGUGAAAAAAACAGAGAUGAGAAGGAGGAAGGGAAAGAGAAAGCAGAUGAGAAAAUGGUUGACAAACAAGAGGAGAAAAUCCAGCAGAGGCGGAAGAGUAGCAUAUCAGAUUGGGAACUACUACAGAGGCCAGAUGGUUGUCCAAACACACCACCUCCAGGGUAUGAAGAUGAAGAACAUGGUGCAGGACAGUGGGUACCCCCUGCCCAUUCUACACAUCAAUCUUCAGAUGAACAUGCCCAUUCUACAGAUCCAGCUUCAGAUGAACAUGCCCAUUCUACACAUCUAACUUUAGAUGAACAUGCCCAUUCUACACAUCCAUCUUCAGAUGAACAUGGCCAUUCUACAGGUGCAUCUGGAAGAUCAGAUGAAGUAUCCAGCCGCCCCACAGAUCUGCAGAUGGAGGCCACCUUUUCCCCACCUGGGUACUCCUCUUGUGAAUAUAAGCACCGCAAAGGAGAACUGUCUCCAUCCUUCAUCAACCCAAGUCCUCAUCAGCUCUCUAGUGAUGAUGGAGCUGAAGAGAGAGAGAGUGAUCACUCUCAGGAGGGAGAAGAAGACGACCGCGAACAACACUCGGUCAAGAGGAGGUCCCACAAGCACAGGCGCCAUCACGUUCAAAGCCAUCCAGGAGAUGCCAGCGACGGGUUACGCCAGCCUCCUGGCACUACAUCAAUAGGACUUGGGGUAACACUAGCUGGGGAGGAGACACCGCCUACUUCAGCCAGUGAAUCACUGCCCUCGCAGUCGGACGACUCCGACGUGCCGCCAGAGACAGAGGAAUGUCCAUCCAUCACACCUGAGGGAAACCUGGAUUCAGAUGAGGAUGCUGAGCACCUGCCAGUGGACAAACUAUCUGCCUCUGGAACAGGAGUGGGUCACCAUCCCCCCUCUCCAAGAUCUGUUCAAAAAGCCCACGACCCCCCUCCAGCACCAAUGAAAGACCCCCUCCCUCAUCCUCCACACCCGGACGUGUGUAUGGUAGACCCAGAGGCUCUUCCCAAUGAACAGAGCAGCACAGAAAAACUGAUGAAGAAAGAGCAUAAGACCACCAAGGGCUUAAAAAAGGGCCUAGGCAAGCCCAAGUCGGUCUCCCCAGCCCGUAAGAGGUCCUCCACCCCAGUGAAGCAGACCUCCAAGGAAUCCUCACCCCGAUCAGCCUCUCUGAGGAGGAGGGACACAGAUAGAAGCUCCAGGUUAUCCAAGAUGUCUGAAGGCCAGGGAUCCAGGGGAGAUAUAUUCAACCCAGGGAAAGGACUGGUCAAUGGAGUCAAAGGCAGUUUAGGUUCUAACUCCCAGAAAACGAGUUCUGCCACCCCCCCUGGGCCACCUAUCUAUGUGGACCUGGCCUAUGUGCCCAACCAUUGCAGUGCCAAGAAUGUGGACCAGGAGUUCUUCAAGCGAGUUCGCGCAGCCUACUACGUGGUGAGCGGGAACGACCCGGGCAGUGGAGAGCCCAGCCGUGGGGUCCUGGAUGCCCUCCUCGAGGGCAAGGCCCAGUGGGGCUCCAAUUUACAGGUGACGCUGAUUCCUACACAUGAUACUGAGGUGACACGGGACUGGUACCAACAGACCCACGAAAAACAGCAGGACCUUAACAUCAUGGUCCUGGCAUCCAGCAGCACUGUCGUCAUGCAGGAUGAGUCAUUCCCUGCCUGCAAGAUUGAGUUCUAAGUUCUGUUUUUCCUCCUCCAUUCUCAUCUGUGCAUCGCUGGAGGUAAAGAGUUGUUCUGUUAUUGUCUGUGUCCGCUCAAAACCUUCUCUGCUCAAGAACAUUUUGCUGUCUCAUUGUCAGACCAUUGCAUUAGCUGUAAUCGUAUUUUUGUUCACUGGAUUCAACUCCAAUGUCAGAAAGAUACAUUGAUUUAGGGUUUAGAUAAUACCGUAUCUGUGUUUAUUAUAGAGGGAAUUCAUGAGGCCUGCUGCUAAAAUAUUGUUUAAUGAUGAAGAAUAAUUUGCAUGAAAAAAUACACCUAUUGAUCAGAGCAGCCUUCAGUUCAAACAACACAUUUAUUCAACAGUUUUGAUUCCAUGCUGAACCCUAAUCCUAAAUGGACAUCCAGUCAAUCUAAAAAGUGCCAUCUUUGACAAUGCCUAAGUCUUUAUAGCUGUGCUUGGGUUUGUGUGCCAAUCAACUGCUCACAACCAAAUCACAACCACCAAAAUAACAAACAUUUGUAUGUCUUAAACACAACAGAUAUAAAAUCCUACAAGUGGAAUGAAAAAUCUCCAAAUUGCUAAUCCAAAGGGCCAAAACAAGUGCCAAAACUCUACUAAGGUACCAGUGCUAACCAUCUACAAUAAAACAAAAAAAAUAGGAGAUUACUUGAUUAUUGAUCUCUUGAUUGUACGCACAAUGUAAAUGUAUGAUGGAUAGCAUUUGUCUUUGUUUCCUUGAGGCUUAAAAAAAAAAAAAAAAAAAAAAAAAAAACUCAAACAUGAAAUUGUUUCACUUUAUAGAUUUGCUCAUGCAAGAUACAAGUCUUAUACUAUGAUGUUUUGCUGAAGGGGUACUCUAACAUACCAUACUUCUGUUCCAGUACAAAAAAAAUCCAUGUAGCGGGUUUUGAAGUUUUAGAAGAUGCCUGGAGUUUCUUGAAGAUCUAGCAUUUCUGAAAUCUUUCCCUUGGCAGCUCGUCUGCAGCAUGACGCUACGUAACAGCUAAGAUCCUUAAGGAACUAGAGUGUUGAUGGUGUGUGUAGAUACAUAUCUUUAGUGCUUGCAGUCUGCCAGUGGGGAGUAUAGAUGUUCAGACACAGUCUGGUUGCGAUGCUUCAGUAAAUGUUAUUAGAAGCCAGGGGAAGGGAAGAUAUUUACCAUACUAUCACAUUUUGGCUGGGUGUAAUGAUCUUUUUGAAAAUGUCAUCAAACAGAUUAAAAAAUAAAUAAAUCGGGUCUUUGUGAGUGUAUGUAUUGGGGUAAAAACAAUUACACAAAUGAAUAUGUGUUUAUAUGGAUGUUGUGUUAGAAAUGAAAAAAAGAUUAGAAAAAAGAAAGAAAUUGAAAAAUGAUUGAAGUGAAUGCAGUUUGUGAGUACAUAGAUGAUGCAUUUGAAAUAAAUGGAUGCAAGAAUUAGUUUUUCCAAUUACCUAACUCUGUCUUUAAAAUCAAUGAAUGAUUGAUGGAAAAAAGACAGCUGUAGCAAUAGUGGCUUUGCUUGUGAGAUUUGGUUUUGUGCAGAUGAAAUGGGAGUUUAGGUUAUUUCUCCAGAAACUUGAAGGAGGUGUGUUGUUCUCAUGUGCCUUUUAGAUGUGGUAUGAAAUAGAGACAGGCACAAGGCUAUGAAAUAGAGACAGGCACAGGCUAACAAGACAAAUACAUUUGUCUUGUUAGCCUUACAUCCAUGAACCCGAACGCACAGAAUUGGAAAAUUAUUGGAUGAGUAGCUAAUGUGUAGAUGUAGUUGUUGAUCAUCUGCAUGUUAGUAUCCAUCCCCUACUCUAGCAGUUCCGUCAAUAACAUUAUCAAGCAAGGUAUUUUACCAAGCAGGAAUGCACUAUUAAGUGGAUGAAGAGGAGAGGCUCAGGGAUGGGACAGGGUUUCAAGUGAGAGUGGGACAGUAUUGGUAAUAUUCUUUAUUAAUAAUGAUAAAUAAUUUAUUAUGGUAUUAUUUAAAUAUUUAAAUUCAGAGAUGGUAGCUAGAGAAUGCACUAAAUACAUUUAAAAAUGUAUUUCAAUGCUAUAUUCCUGAAAUGAA